UCAUUGACUCACACAAGUCUUUUAAAAAUGGCGUCUCCGUACCAAUGCGCUGGUGGAACUCUGAAACUUAAGGGAAUUGGCGACCUUGGGAGCAAAAAAAAGAAGAAGAAGAAGAAGAUUUCCAAACAGAUUAUCGAUCAGAUCUCAACGACGGCAGAUGAUGACAACAGCGGAGAAAUCAAAGAGCAGGAAAGAGACCGACGAACACCGGCUGAAAAAGCCUUUGCCAAGAUUCAGGAGAGUCGGCAAACACAACGGAUAUUGGAAAAAGCCCAAAAGAAACACAAAGACAGAGUUAAUGAAUUCAACAGUAAGUUAGACACCUUAACUGAGCACUUUGACAUCCCCAAAGUCAGUUGGACCAAGUGAAGAAAACGUCUAUGGAAAUCUUUACAGAUGCUGUUGAAGCCGUUUCACAGAGACUGGAUAAUGGUAAAUCAAAUGAGAACAAUUGCUCAGUUCAAGGAAGUUCUGGCGAGGUUUGCCACUACUCCUUUUGAAUGUUUCCAUGGACCACGGUGGCAUGGAUUUAUGUACUUUUCAUUUGGGAAACUCGACCUAUACACGUUAUACCGUGUGUUGAAAUAUGAUGAUGGCUACACAUAGAGCAGGAGGCAAGUUAUUUGGGAACGAUAAAAUAUUAUUUUUAUAGGCAACCAACUGACUGUUUUUAAGUUUUUGAUUUCUGAGGAUUUUCCUGACGUUAAGCUUUUCUUGAAAGAAGCAGUCACCAAAGGGGGAAAGAGAUCGUCCACAUUGUGUCCAAACCUGUAUGGUUUAUCUUUCUGGAGCUGCAGUCUGUAAGCCUCCUGAAUUGUAGCAUCUGGGAGGUUCAGGAUCGAUAAAAAGGGAAACUUUUUUUUUUCAGGAGUUUUCUUAUUCGUCACAUCUCAUCCAUGGUAUUGAAAAGGAACACUCCCUCGGCAGCACAACAGACAUUUUGUCUAAAAGUGUCCUACUACUUCCAUCAAAUUAUUUUUACUCUUUUUGGAGAUUGACGUAGCCUGAAACCACACAGAAUUUAAGUGUUAUGUCAGCAACUUUGCUUUAUUCUGAAAUCCUGGUAGUUCUUCUGACCUUUGACCCAUGGUUUCCUUCUCUAGAUUUAAAGGAACCAUUGCAGGAAAAUUAGGCUGGAGCCGCAUGCUAAUUAAUAAUAAUAAUAUCAGUGGCUUCUUAUAGUGCGUUCCUCCUUCACUCAGUGACGCUCAAGGCCCUAUA